GACGUUAAAAGUAACAGAGUUGCCGUGAUGUAUCGGAAGGGGUGCUCCCAGCCCAUCUUCGGCAGAUUACGCCAAGCGGGUACUGUUCUAUUUUCUUCCCUGAGGCGGGAAGAGGGUGGACGGGCAGAGCUCUUAGAUAAACUUCAGCUUAUUGAAUUUGUCUAUCUUUGGAAAGGUUUAUCAGCAGGUAACCUUGCCACCGGCCCCAAGGGGACCCUAGAGACUGUACGCGAAAGGUCGGUUCGAGCGACGAUCAAGGAGCAGUCCGACCCCUGCCGAGAGGCAUGGCGGGUCCUAACCUACUUCACCUGUUAUAGAUUAAAGGUGGGAUCAACAGUAUGA